CAGGAGUGAAGCAGCAGGUUGUGCAGGAAGCUGACAGCAGGUCUGAGAUCAGAGAGUCAACAUGAGACUGAAGACGCUGCUGCUGCUGCUGCUCGGCUCGCUGCUCGCUGCUCCGGAGGUGAGCUCAGCAGCAGGCAGCCAUCAGGGCCGCUCCAUGCCGAGGUCCAGGCCCGGUUCUGGCUCCAUGCCCGGCUCUCCCUUCAACAUCAGCACCAACGACCGCGGUCUCCAGCAGGUCGUCCUCAACGCCACCCGCUCCUUCAACAGCCAAUCAAACGACGCCUUCCUCUUCAGACCCUCCUCCAUCCACAGAGCUCAGCGGCAGAUCGUUAAGGGGAUCCGGUACAUCGUAGAUUUGGACAUCUCCAGAACCGUUUGCCGUAAACGAGAGAAAGUGUCCAAUCUGACGGACUGCUCCUUCCAGCCGGAGGGUCCGCUGCACCAGACGUUUCGCUGUCACUUCGAGGUUUGGAUCGUUCCCUGGAAACACGAGAUGAAGAAUCUGUCUUUCUUCUGCAAAUCUGAAACUCAUCUGAAACUCUCCUGAAACUCUUCAUCAUCAUCUUCAUCACUCUCUCACUGACCCGACCGUACGCAGCAGCACUUUACAGCUGAUUGGAUCAUUGAUGUAUUUUUCUCAGCUUCUCAUAUGUGAAUAUUUGCUGAAGCGUCUGUUUGUAAAACUUUUGCAUCUUUUCACACAAAAAUAAA